AUGUUGCCCCAUUCUUGCUUUGCUCUUGUUGUGGGAGGUGGUCCCACCGCUCUAGUCACUGCUAUCCUACUGGCGAGGUAUGGCUUCACCAUCGUUGUGGUUGAACGUCAUCCAUUACGUCUGGGACAACCCAAAGCAAAUGUAAUCAACGCGCGGUCAGCAGAGAUCUUUCGCCAGUUCGGCCUUGAGACGAGCCAGCUCCGAGCUAAAGGACUUGACCCUGAAGAGUCUCGAAGGGUUAUAUUCGGCUCUUCGAUGUUUGGUGUGGAAUUUGGGUUUAUCGACAGAGAAGAAUUUUCGACAAAUGACACCCCCGAGCCAACUUUCGGUUCUCCUCAACCAGUACUUGAAGAAGUCCUCUUGGAGAUCGCCAAGUCGACAGGAAAGGUGAUUUAUCUGAGAGAAAAUGAAUGGUUGGGAUGCACAGAAAGCAGUGACAAAAUCAUCACGUCCGUGGUUCGAUAUGGGGGCGACAAUACUGAACGUACAAUCACAAGCAAGUACUUAAUUGGUUGCGACGGAAUCCAUUCGAAGACCCGUGAGGUUUUGAACGUCAAGUUCGACUGCAUCGACGAGAUACCGGACAUUCCGCAACACUACAUGUCAAUCCAUUUUCGAGGGGACCUCUCCCAUUCACAGCCGGCGCUUUUACAUAUUAUUCUGGACCCGAGUAACUUGGGCGUCCUCAUUCCCUAUAACCGGAAGAAUGAAUGGGUUUUCAUGACUCAAUGUGACCCUACCACCACAACAAAGGAAAUAUACACUCAUGAAUACUGUAGGUCAAGAAUCAUUAAGGCGGUUGGCUGCGAGGUUGAAUGCCAGAUCUUAGAGAACAGAUUAUGGACAACCGCUACAAAGAUUGCGUCAUCAUUUCGCUCCAAGACAAUGCGAAACGCAUUUCUCGCUGGUGACGCUGCUCAUUGUUUCCCACCAACCGGAGGCUUAGGGAUGAAUACCGGAAUCGCCGAUGCACACAACCUAACCUGGAAAAUUCUAGCGGUAGAGAGAGGUUGGGCGAAGGAGUCUUUUUUGGACACUUUUACUACUGAAAGGCGUCAGGUUGCUGAGUCCAACGCACGGCACAGCGCAUCGAAUGAAACAAAAAUGCUCAAUCUAACGAAAUUGGUCUUCCAGAACGAAAUGAGCGCUCAGGAGUUGAUGGAGAACUCGGUUAUGCGUACAAAUAUCGAGGAUGCCAUACUUGACAAUUCGGAGCACUUCCAGUCUCUAAACAUGCACAUUGGGUAUGUGUAUGGACACCAUCAGCACACUCGGAAGUGCAGCGACUAUCAAAAAGAGUCAGUGUCUGGUGCUCGGCUGCCUCAUGCUUGGGUGAAGCUUGACGGGCAGACUGUGUCGACACUGGACCUAAUUGAUGGGUUCAAUUUUGUGCUGAUAGCAAGCGAGGGCUUCACCACGCUGAGUGAGGUUCUUGUUAAUGACAUACCGGUCCGAGUGCAGCAGCUGGGAAGAGAUUUUACUGACUCCAGCGAAGGCACGUGGACUACCUUGAUGAAGCUGAGCGGAGAACAACAUGGAGUCCUCUAA